AAACCCUUGCUGUUGCCGGUGAGUUGGAGGCGUUGAAGCCAGAACAGUGCAGCGGGUGGGGUGCUGCGACGCUCUCUGUGUGAAGGUGCCGGUUACCGAGUCUGUCCCCCCCGCCCCCGUGAGGAGCAGGAGCCGCGAGAGCGGCAAGCCUUCCACAACCUUUGGCCAGACUCAGGUCUUUGGUUAUAAACCACCAUGGCGCAGAGAGAUGCUGACAAAUACCUCUAUGUGGACAGAAACCUCAUCAACAACCCUUUGGCUCAGGCUGACUGGGCAGCCAAGAAGCUAGUGUGGGUUCCGUCAGAGAAAAAUGGGUUUGAAGCAGCUAGUUUAAAGGAAGAAGUAGGAGAGGAAGCAAUUGUUGAACUUGCUGAAAAUGGGAAGAAAGUGAGAGUAAACAAAGAUGAUAUCCAAAAGAUGAACCCACCCAAGUUCUCUAAAGUGGAAGACAUGGCAGAACUGACCUGCUUGAAUGAGGCCUCUGUGCUACACAAUCUGAAGGAGCGAUACUACUCAGGGCUCAUUUAUACUUACUCAGGCCUCUUCUGUGUUGUCAUAAAUCCCUACAAGAACUUGCCUAUUUACUCAGAGGAGAUUGUAGAGAUGUACAAAGGCAAAAAGAGGCAUGAGAUGCCCCCUCACAUCUACGCUAUCACAGACACAGCCUACAGGAGUAUGAUGCAAGAUCGAGAGGACCAGUCCAUUCUCUGCACAGGUGAAUCAGGAGCUGGUAAGACCGAAAAUACCAAGAAAGUCAUUCAGUAUCUGGCUCAUGUUGCUUCAUCACACAAGAGCAAAAAGGAUCAAGGGGAGCUUGAAAGGCAGCUUCUUCAGGCCAAUCCCAUUCUGGAGGCCUUUGGAAAUGCCAAAACAGUUAAGAAUGACAACUCUUCAAGAUUUGGAAAAUUUAUUAGAAUCAACUUUGACGUGAAUGGCUACAUUGUUGGAGCUAAUAUCGAGACCUAUCUGUUGGAGAAAUCACGAGCUAUUCGCCAGGCCAAAGAAGAGCGGACUUUCCAUAUCUUCUACUACUUGCUGACUGGGGCAGGGGAGCACCUGAAGAAUGACUUGCUGUUGGAGCCAUACAACAAGUAUCGCUUCCUUUCCAAUGGACACGUUACAAUCCCCGGUCAGCAGGAUAAGGACAUGUUUCAGGAGACCAUGGAAGCAAUGAGGAUCAUGGGCAUCCCAGAUGAUGAACAGAUGGGUCUCCUAAGGGUUAUCUCUGGUGUUCUUCAGCUUGGCAACAUAGCCUUCAAGAAGGAACGUAACACCGACCAGGCCUCUAUGCCAGACAAUACAGCUGCUCAGAAAGUUUCUCAUCUUCUGGGUAUCAACGUGACGGAUUUCACCAGAGGAAUUCUCACCCCUCGCAUCAAAGUGGGGCGGGACUAUGUCCAAAAGGCUCAAACUAAAGAGCAGGCUGACUUUGCCAUUGAGGCAUUGGCUAAAGCCACUUAUGAGCGCAUGUUCCGCUGGCUGGUGAUGCGCAUCAACAAGGCACUGGAUAAGACAAAGAGACAAGGAGCCUCUUUCAUAGGAAUCCUUGACAUUGCUGGUUUUGAAAUCUUCGAACUGAAUUCAUUUGAACAGUUGUGUAUUAACUACACAAAUGAGAAGCUGCAGCAACUCUUUAACCACACCAUGUUCAUCUUGGAGCAAGAAGAAUACCAGCGUGAAGGCAUAGAGUGGAACUUCAUUGACUUUGGCCUGGACUUGCAGCCCUGCAUUGAUCUUAUCGAAAAACCAGCUGGUCCCCCGGGCAUUCUGGCCCUGCUGGAUGAAGAGUGCUGGUUCCCAAAGGCUACUGAUAAAAGUUUUGUGGAAAAAGUGAUGCAGGAACAGGGCAGUCACCCUAAAUUCCAGAAACCAAAGCAGCUAAAAGACAAAGCUGACUUCUGCAUUAUGCAUUAUGCCGGCAAGGUUGAUUACAAAGCAGAUGAGUGGCUCAUGAAGAACAUGGAUCCUCUCAAUGAUAACAUUGCUACCCUCCUGCACCAGUCCUCUGAUAAGUUUGUGUCCGAACUGUGGAAAGAUGAGAUGCAGAACGUUCAGAGAGCCUAUUUCUAUCAACACUUUCCUAUUCUUCAUCUAGAACCAGUUGACCGCAUAGUUGGGCUGGAUCAAGUGGCCGGCAUGUCUGACACAGCACUGCCUGGAGCCUUUAAGACCAGGAAGGGCAUGUUCCGAACAGUGGGACAGCUUUACAAAGAACAACUGGCCAAGCUGAUGGCUACCCUGAGGAACACCAACCCCAACUUUGUCCGUUGCAUCAUCCCCAACCAUGAAAAGAAGGCUGGGAAACUGGACCCACACCUAGUGUUGGAUCAGCUCCGUUGCAAUGGAGUUCUGGAGGGAAUACGUAUCUGCAGGCAAGGUUUCCCCAACAGAGUGGUCUUCCAGGAGUUCAGGCAAAGAUAUGAGAUCCUGACUCCAAAUUCCAUACCCAAAGGUUUCAUGGAUGGAAAGCAAGCCUGCGUGCUGAUGAUAAAAGCCUUAGAGCUGGAUCCAAAUCUUUACCGAAUUGGGCAGAGCAAAGUAUUUUUCCGAGCAGGUGUCCUUGCCCACCUUGAGGAAGAAAGAGACUUGAAAAUCACAGAUGUCAUUAUUGGGUUCCAAGCAUGUUGCAGAGGCUACUUGGCUAGAAAGGCUUUUGCCAAGCGUCAACAGCAGCUAACUGCAAUGAAGGUUCUCCAGAGGAAUUGUGCUGCAUACCUGAAGCUUCGUAACUGGCAGUGGUGGAGACUCUUUACCAAGGUGAAGCCUUUGUUGCAAGUAAGCAGGCAAGAGGAAGAGAUGCUGGCCAAAGAAGAAGAACUGGUGAAAGUCAAGGAAAAGCAGCUGGCUGCAGAAAACAGGCUAAGCGAAAUGGAAACGGUCCAGAACCAGCUGGUGACAGAGAAAAUGCAGCUGCAGGAGCAGUUACAAGCAGAGAUAGAGCUCUGUGCUGAAGCUGAGGAGAUCAGAGCCCGCCUGACAGCGAAGAAACAGGAGCUAGAGGAGAUCUGUCAUGAUUUGGAGGCCAGGGUGGAGGAGGAGGAAGAACGGUGUCAGCAUCUGCAGAUUGAGAAGAAGAAAAUGCAUCAGAACAUUCAGGAACUUGAGGAGCAGUUGGAGGAAGAGGAAAGCGCAAGGCAAAAGCUACAGCUAGAGAAAGUGACCACUGAAGCGAAGCUGAAGAAACUGGAGGAAGAUUUGAUCGUUGUAGAAGAUCAGAACUGCAAACUGGCCAAGGAAAAGAAACUACUGGAAGACAGAAUUGCAGAAUUUACCACUAACUUAACAGAAGAAGAAGAGAAGUCAAAGAGCUUAGCUAAACUCAAGAACAAGCAUGAGGCAAUGAUAACAGAGCUGGAAGAGCGGUUGCGGCGGGAAGAAAAGCAACGGCAAGAAUUGGAGAAGACUCGCAGAAAGCUUGAGGGAGACUCCACAGAUCUACACGAUCAAAUUGCUGAAUUGCAGGCUCAAAUAGCAGAGCUCAAAAUGCAGCUGGCGAAGAAAGAGGAGGAGUUGCAAGCAGCUUUGGCUAGGGUGGAAGAGGAGGCUGCUCAGAAGAACAUGGCUCUGAAGAAGAUCCGUGAGCUGGAGUCUCAGAUAACAGAGCUGCAGGAAGAUCUUGAGUCUGAGCGGGCAUCCAGAAACAAGGCAGAGAAACAAAAGCGGGAUUUGGGUGAAGAGCUUGAGGCACUCAAGACUGAGCUGGAGGAUACACUCGACUCGACUGCUGCGCAGCAGGAGCUCAGAUCAAAACGUGAGCAAGAAGUGACUCUUCUGAAGAAAACUCUCGAUGAGGAGGCAAAGACCCAUGAGGCCCAGAUCCAGGAGAUCAGACAGAAACAUGCGCAGGCCUUGGAGGAGCUGGCAGAGCAGUUGGAGCAGACCAAGCGGGUGAAAGUGAACCUUGAGAAGGCAAAGCAGGCUUUGGAGAGUGAACGUGUUGAACUCUCCAAUGAGGUGAAGGUCCUGCUGCAAGCCAGAGGAGACUCUGAGCACAAAAGGAAGAAGGUUGAUGCUCAGCUGCAGGAGCUGCAAGUGAAAUUCACAGAGGGUGAGCGCAUACGGACUGAGCUGGCAGAGAGAGUCAACAAACUACAGGUUGAAUUGGACAAUGUCACUGGCCUUCUGAACCAGUCUGAUAGUAAGUCAAUCAAACUGGGCAAAGAUUUCUCUACAUUGGAGUCACAGCUGCAAGAUACACAGGAGUUACUUCAGGAAGAAACACGUCAGAAACUGAGCCUCAGCACCAAGCUGAAACAGAUGGAAGAUGAGAAGAACAGCUUUAAAGAGCAACUAGAAGAGGAGGAGGAGGCAAAGAGGAACUUGGAGAAACAGAUUUCUGCCCUUCAGUUCCAGAUAGCAGAAACUAAGAGGAAGAUGGAUGAUAGCCUGGGCUGCCUAGAGUCAGUGGAGGAAGCAAAGAAGAAGCUCCAAAAAGACUUGGAGGCUAUGAGCCAGCGUUACGAGGAAAAGGCAGCUGCCUAUGACAAGCUGGAAAAGACAAAGACCAGGCUGCAACAAGAACUAGAUGAUAUCACCGUGGAUUUGGAUCAUCAGCGGCAGAUAGUCUCCAACCUGGAGAAAAAACAGAAGAAAUUUGAUCAGCUCCUGGCUGAGGAGAAAACUAUUUCUGCAAAGUAUGCUGAGGAACGGGAUCGUGCUGAAGCAGAUGCCCGGGAGAAGGAAACAAAGGCGCUGUCUUUUGCCAGAGCUCUGGAGGAAGCCAUAGAACAGAAAGCAGAGCUGGAGCGGCUGAAUAAACAGUUCCGGGCAGAGAUGGAAGAUCUGAUGAGUUCGAAGGAUGAUGUUGGCAAGAGUGUCCAUGAGUUGGAGAAGUCUAAACGAGCACUGGAGCAGCAAAUGGAAGAGAUGAAGACUCAGCUGGAAGAGCUAGAAGAUGAGCUGCAGGCCACAGAGGAUGCUAAGCUGCGUUUGGAAGUGAACCAGCAAGCUAUGAAGGCCCAGUUUGAGCGUGAUCUCCAAGCCCGUGAUGAGCAGAAUGAAGAGAAGAGAAAGCAGCUGAUGAGACAGGUGCGAGAAAUGGAAGUGGAGUUAGAUGAUGAGAGGAAGCAGAGAUCUAUUGCUGUGGCUGCCAGAAAGAAGCUGGAAAUGGACCUCAAGGAUCUUGAGGCCCAGAUCGACUCUGCUAACAAGAACCGUGAUGAAGCCAUCAAACAGCUCAGGAAGUUGCAGGCCCAAAUGAAGGAUUACAUGCGGGAGCUGGAUGACACACGUGCCUCUAGAGAAGAAAUUUUGGCACAGGCCAAGGAGAAUGAGAAGAAGCUGAAGAGCAUGGAAGCAGAAAUGAUUCAAAUGCAGGAGGAACUUGCAGCUGCAGAGCGUGCCAAGCGCCAGGCUCAGCAAGAGAGAGAUGAGCUUGCUGACGAGAUCGCCAACAGCAGUGGCAAGGGUGCUCUGGCCUUGGAGGAGAAGCGCCGUUUGGAGGCUCGGAUAGCUCAACUGGAGGAAGAAUUGGAGGAAGAGCAAAGCAAUACAGAACUGGUGAAUGACCGGCUCAAGAAAGCAAAUCUGCAGAUUGACCAGAUAAAUACUGACUUGAAUGCAGAGCGUAGUAAUGCCCAGAAGAAUGAAAAUGCUCGCCAGCAGCUUGAGCGUCAGAACAAGGAACUUAAGGCUAAGCUGCAGGAAAUGGAGAGUGCUGUAAAGUCUAAAUACAAGUCUUCCAUUACUGCUCUGGAAGCAAAGAUAGCACAACUGGAAGAGCAGCUGGACUCAGAGACAAAGGAGCGCCAGGCUGCCAGCAAGCAGGUCCGACGCACUGAGAAGAAGCUGAAGGACGUCCUCCUGCAGGUGGAAGAUGAAAGGCGUAAUGCAGAGCAGUACAAGGAUCAGGCAGACAAGGUGAAUGUGCGCUUGAAGCAGCUUAAACGCCAGCUGGAGGAGGCAGAGGAGGAGGCUCAGCGAUCCAAUGCGGCACGCAGGAAGCUGCUGCGGGAGUUGGAGGAUGCCACUGAAACUGCUGAUGCUAUGAAUAGGGAAGUCAGCUCUCUCAAGAGCAAACUCAGGCGAGGGGAUUUGCCGUUUGUGCCACGCCGGAUUGCCAGGAAGGGCCCAGGUGAGGUGUCGGAUGAUGAAGUGGAUGGCAAGGCAGAUGCUGGCGAUACCAAAGCUACUGAAUAGAGCUGCUUCUUGGUCCAGGAUGCACGUGUUGGAGUGGCCACCUUCCCUUUGUCCAGUGGACUUCUGCAUACCCUUCUAAAACCUGCCAGGGACAGUGGAGCAUGUCUGUCAAACUGUCCUCUGGGAUGUCUGGAGCCAUCGGACAUUAGCGUCAUCCCACCCAGCUUCCAAACUCUUGUAUUGAAUGCCAAAGAGUUGUGACUCUGCAAUCUGAUCAGAGUCUGGGAGCUACAGAUGCCUGUAGCAUAGAUCCUUAUCAUAGCUGCUGGUGAAUUUUACAUAAUUUGAAGGGGGAAGGGUGGGGAAAGAGAUGCCUUCCGUUGCUGUAAAAUCAACCAUUUUCUUCCAUUAAUGAUUGCGAUAGAUACAGGGACUGCCCCUUCCCCCUUCCUCUUGUUUGCUUUUGGCAAUCAUGUUCAGUGACCUCACACUUUUGCCCUCUUCUGUCUGCCCAGUUAAGCCAAUUUGGGAGUAAUGUUGAACAGGAGGGGAUGAGCAUCCCCAGUGUAACUCCCCAGAGUCUUUGAGCUCCUGUAGUCUUCAGGAAGAGGGGAGUAGGGUGAUAGAGCUCCUCCUGGUAGAGAAUUUCAAAGUUGACCCAUCCUGUUGCUAAUGUCUGGACAGAUCUGAAGUGCAAUGGUGUCUGUUUUCUAUUGUCUCUGGCUUGUGUCUAAGAUAGUAUGGACCAGUAGUUAGUGACAGGUCAAGGAAGCAGAAAGCUUUUAUGUGCUCAUUGGAGAAUCUCUUUGGGACCAAAUAUAUUUAAUGGUGACGGACAGGAUCUAGUGGGUUUGACUGGAGAGUGGGCAAGGAAGUCCUCCUUUAUUGUCAUGUCCAGGCCUCUAGCUCUGUAAUCAGGGGAUAGGUUUAGUUAUUCUGCACAGUGACUAAGAGUAUAUUAAAAGAAAAACCCUUUUUAAUCUGCACAGAUUAUAUGUUUGAAGGCCUUUGUAUCUUUCGUUUAUAAGUAAUAAGUAAGAAAAAUAAAGGUCUUUAUCACUGCCUUUCUACGGGGACUGCGGUUAUAUAGAUAGUCUUUACUUUUCUACACUGUACACUGGUUGCUGGAUUUACCUGUAUACUUAACCAUAUUGUAUAUGCUGCAUUUAGACUCCUGAGCAAAUGACAAAUUAAAAUAUGAAGCUCUAUACUGUGUGGUUAGCGCUCUCGCUGUGGGAGCCUCCUGUCCAAGUUGCUAUCAAUAAAUUUGCGAACUUUUUUAUAUAAUAAGUGCCUUAGCAUGUGCCUCAGCUGUGUCUCCACUACAGUUAGUAAUGGAUUACUGGUGCUCCACUGAUAACAAUAAAAAUUAUCCAUGUGC